CGUGACUCAACUAGUGGUCUCAUUAACUGCACGAGUAUUGAAAGUCACGAAAUAAUUAUCAUGUCUCAGAAAUCUUACAAACUCUACUAUUUUCGCGCACGAGGCCGCGGAGAAUUCAUUCGGCUAGCUUUUCUCAUCGCUGGAGUCGAAUUCGAGGACUUCUGUGUCGAUAUUGAAAAGGACUGGCCUGCCUUCAAAGCGAGUAAGUGGACGUGUGAAUGAAAAUGAAACAGAAAUUAUAAUUCAGGCGCUGUACAUGAGCAGAGCACGAUUGUUGUGCAGUGUAAGACUGCGAAUACAUCGAUCGUCAAGUAAAAUUUACAAGUUAGACGUAAUUCAGUUCAUAAUAUACGAGUGUGUUAACAGCAAAUGAUGUUAAUAAAUGAUGUUUCUAAGCAAAUUGUAUCGAAUCAAAACACGUCAAGGUCACGUAUAUAAUUUGGCGUCGGGGCCGAGUUAUAGAGUUUUGAUCCAUGAAUGAUUUAGCGUGCCUAGUCCCAUCAAUAAAACGAUACAGACCGUCAAUCGUUUUACCGAUCUAAAUAUUCCGAAUGAUUGCCGUGUAAAUUUUUUUAUGCAUAGUUAUCUAUCCUAGUUUGAAUAUUUUCUUGCAAUGACCUUCAAGAAUAAUGUUGUUCAUUUGUCUGGCUGCUUGUUCAUUUAGCUGGGAAGUGCCCCUUUAAUCAGGUGCCAAUACUGGAAAUAAAGGAGGAUGCUAAGUCAGAACCAAUUGUUCUAAGCCAGUCUGUGGCCAUCUUACGAUAUCUUGCAAAUGAGUUUGGUGAGUCACAAAUGUACAGCAAGUUUCUUUUCAUUAGCCAAUAUUAAAAUUAAUAAAUAGUGCAGAUUUUUUUCAGAUUUUUAUUAUGGAGCUUCCCUAGAAAAUAGAUUUUUAACACAUGAAGUAUCCCUGUUUUAAUUUUGUAUUUGGAAUGAUCUUUUAGUGUCCACAAUUACCUUAUAUAUAGCCAAAUACUCUGACACUUGUAUAAAGUUCUUUAUUAUUAUUAUUAUUAUUAUUAAAUGUCACUAUGUCACUACAAGGGUGAUCUGGACUUUUAGAAACCACAAAACUGCAAUUCAAAAAUUCAGUUUCCAUACUUGUGCUUGACAACUCAAAUAAUGAUUUUCAGAGAUCUCUCCAAUAUCUUAAAGUGAGAUUUUAUUUAUAGAAUUAUUGCAUUUAAAAAUGAGUAACAGUCUGCACUGCCACAAUUCACAGUCUACAUACCUCAUGCAAUAAGCCUAAGUUUCCUUGUCCCACAUUUCAGACACAUUUGAAUAAGGAAAACUCCCCCGAAACAAGGCAUUUUAUUAAGAACAGAACUUUUGCCCAGUUUAAACAAGCAGAAGCACAGACUAUCAUUUGUACAGUAUUAACUCUUUGGUCCCUAAGAGUGAUUAGCAUCUUAUUUCUCUCUACAAUAUCACCCUUGAAUCAAACAGUAAAGUCAUGAGAACAGAGGAAAUGAUCACCAACUAAAGAAGCUCUUGAUUGUUAAACAAAUUCUCCUUGUCAGCAUCUUAGGAAAUGUAGAAAGAACAGCAUGGAGAAUUUACAUACCAAUGUUAGGAUGUAAAAAUUGAUUUGAAGAGAAUUUAGGAUGUUAAUCAGUGAUAAUCAUACAAAGGAGAAAAAGGAUAAUAAUGUUAGCAAAAAGAGCAUUGUGCUGGUAACAAUACCUUAACCUGGUAAAUAAGGCCUCCAAUAUAUCAUGAAGUAGGGGUUAGACUCUGCAGAAGUAGGUGACUGUGAGAAUUUCACUAAGGGCCAAAAGGUAAUUAUUUUGACUAGUAAGAGCAACAUGUUAGGAAAUAGCCAGCAGACUCCGGUGGUCACCAGCUUUUUUUGAAACCCCUGGAUAAAUUAACCAUUACAGGACUUGCACCCGAUAGUAACUUGGGCAAAGCAAAGGCUGAUGCAAUUGUGGAUGCAGUGAUGGAUAUCAGGGCUAAGAAGAGAGAUGUACACUUUGAAAGGGAUCCAUCACUCAAGGUUAGUUCAUGACACAUUUGAAAGGGCUGAUGACCCUUGAUAAUAGAUAGGAAAGCUAGAAACCUUGUGCUUUCUUCUUUUUUCAUGAAACAAAAUAGCAGUAAAUGCUAAUGAAAAAACUCCAUUCCCAUGCCUCUUUAACAGAAAAUUGUCCAGACUCAACCAUCAUAUAGAGGAGUAAAAUUCUAGAAAUCUGAAAGCUGGCAAUGUUUGAUAUUGGAUCUUGUUCCCCUGCUCCCACUGUUCGAUUAUUUUUGAAAAUCCCAUUCCUCUCUCUCUACACAAAAAAAAGGCCUAAAAUUAAGCAAUGGAGACUGGAGAUUUCAGUGGCAAAUAUAAAGAAUUCACUUGUUAAAUUUGGAUGACCUAAAUUUUUUAUUAAGAUAUGGAGAAUUUUUGGCUAUUACUUCAUGAAAUACCUCUGCCACUACAUGUGGCAAGUAAAUAGUGGAAAAAAGAGAAUUACCAGGCAGGCCUUAAAAAAACAUCAAUUUAUUUUUACUACAUAACUUUUAAUACCAUCAUGCAGGAAAAACUCUCAAAGGACUUUCUAGAGUCUCACCUACCAUCUGCUCUGAAGAGUUUUCAAAAGUUACUUGAAGCAAAUGAAGGAGGGCAAGGAUUUUUUGUUGGGAAAAAGGUACUUGAAGGUUUAGUUAACUUCUCUUAUAGUUGCAUUGGAAUAGAGCUGCCAGUGGUCUCUCUUAAGUGAUAUUUUCAUAAUUGCUGUUUGUUAUUGAAGGGUAACAGAUGUGAAGGUAAAAGGAACAAAUUAUUGAAAAGGUUGUGUUUUUUGAGCAGGCUGUUCCUUAAAUAAAAGUGUUCCAAAAAGAGUUUUUACUGAAUGUUUUAAAGUCUUUUAUUGAAACAACGCAGAGUAGUAUUCCCUAAAAAUUCUGUUUAGGUGUCUUCUAUACUGAAUUUUCUUUCUGUCACACAGUGGUUUAAGAAUGAUGUUGAAAUAUUCAGUUUUUUAAUUUGCAGUUUUCUAAAUGUGAUUCUGUUUUUUUUAUCCUUCAGCUAACCUAUGCAGACAUAUCAUUUUUUAACUUUUUGAACAGCUGGGUUGCUAAGGACAAGAUUAAAGGAUACCCAGUUGAAUUAGAGAAUUUUCCCUUGUUACGAGGCCUCUAUGAGCGUGUGCGAGAUAUCCCAGCUGUGAAGAAAAGGCUUGAAACCAGGCCAGACACUGUGUUGUGA